AUGGAAAUUUCUACUGAAAAUUGGUGCAAAAAACCCAAAAAUCGUUCAAUUUUUUCAAAAAAUAUUUCCUUUCAGAAACAAAAUAAAAGCACAGAAGAGCCGCCAUCAAGUGUACAAAAACUUCUCGCAUCACUACAACAAGCACAAAAUAAAUCUGAUUUGAGUGAGCAACCGUCUACAUCAAAGCCGAAAAAGAAUGAAAAACGCAAAAAAGCUGUUGCUCAGGCUCCGGCUUCUGCUCCGGCUCCUGGUCCAGAAGAGAAGAAAAAGCAGCCGAAAAGAGCAAGUGUUGGGGCUCGAAUGCAGCAACAGGCUGAAAAUGCUCGGAUCUCGCAGACGAAGCGACCCCGGCAGGUUUCUACGUCGAAGGGAUCUUCCAGGAAUACGACGGCACCGGAACAACAGAAUUAUCAACAGCAGCAGCAGCAAUAUAAAGGCCCACGGAUUCCGACAGAUAUACUUGAUGAAUUGGAAUUUAGAUUUAUUAGUAAUAUGGUUGAGUGUGAGAUCAAUGAUAACAUUCGCGUUUGCUUUCAUCUUGAACUUGCUCAUUGGUACUACAUAGAUCAUAUGGUUGAAGAUGACAAAAUCAGUGGAUGCCCGAAUGUCGGUUCUCGUGAUUUCAAUUUUCAAAUGUGCCAGCAUUGCAGAGUUUUGAGAAAAUAUGCUCAUCGAGCUGAUGAAGUUCUUGCCAAGUUCCGUGAAUACAAAUCAACAGUUCCAACGUACGGAGCAAUUCUUGUCGAUCCGGAAAUGGACCACGUCGUACUUGUUCAAUCGUAUUUUGCAAAAGGAAAAAAUUGGGGAUUUCCGAAAGGAAAAAUCAAUCAGGCAGAGCCACCGAGAGAUGCGGCGAUUCGAGAGACUUUUGAAGAAACUGGAUUUGAUUUUGGAAUUUAUUCGGAGAAGGAGAAGAAAUUCCAAAGAUUUAUCAAUGAUGGAAUGGUUCGACUGUAUUUGGUGAAGAAUGUACCGAAGGAUUUCAAUUUUCAGCCACAGACUCGGAAAGAGAUUCGAAAAAUCGAAUGGUUCAAAAUCGAUGAUUUGCCAACUGACAAAACAGAUGAAUUGCCAGCAUAUUUACAAGGAAACAAGUUUUAUAUGGUUAUGCCAUUUGUGAAAGAUAUUCAGAUUUAUGUUCAAAAAGAGAAGGAAAAGCUGAGAAGACGAAAAGCAGAAGCUGUGCAAUCUACUCCAUCUUCUUCAAUAUUUUCACAGUUAUUCCCAGCACAGCCACCACCACCAGUGCCGGAGGAUGCAACUCCAACUCGUCCGAUGUAUAAAAGACUUACCAGUGAAGAACUGUUUUCUGCGUUUAAAAAUCCGCCGGCUGGAGAAGUUGCUCGUCCAACUCUACCAGAUAUGUCACCAGCAGUUAAUGGACUCGAUACUCUUGCUGUUCUUGGAAUAUGUACUCCACUUAAGCCUGGAGCCAGCUUGAAUGAGUUUUCUGGUGCUCCGCAGAAUUGUCCAAUGAUAUCUGAAGAAGCUGGAAGUCCGGCAGAUCCUUCAGCGGAAAUUGGAUUCGCUAUGCCGAUGGACUUGAAGCAACCUGUUGUGACUUCUGAUCAUCCUUGGCAACAUCACAAAAUAUCGGAUAGCAGUGCCCCACCUCAAACUCUGGAAUCUCAUCAAGGAUGGCUUGAUACUCAACUAGUCAACACAAUUAUGCAUUCACCAAAUCAUCCACUUCCUCCAACUUCUAACUCUCCUGCUACACCAACAGCUGUGCUUGGACAUUUAAUUGGAAAACCUAUUCAACCACAAGCAAUUCUUCCACAAGCCGCCACUCCAACCGCAUUGGGAAGCGCUGAAAAACCGAAAAGCUCGCGUAUCAGUUUAAGUGAUAAUUCUGCUUUUAAAGCAAUCAGCUCGACUCAAAAACAAUCAAUUCCAAAAGCAACUGCUGCUCCGCCGUCGACUGAAAAAACGCGUUCAGCAUCGCUCAGUGGAAGUAGUCAAGUAGUUGGAAAACCUGCGAGAAAUCUUUUCAAUUCUGUAGUCUCACCGGUCUCGAGUGGAAUUCAAUCGAUUCAAGGAGAUGGAGGAGCAUGGGAAGAUGUAUGGUUUCGUGAGCAACUUGCUGCAACCACCACCGCUGGAACAAGUAUCUCAUCGCUAGCAGCGUCGAAUCAAGAACUUGCGAUGAUUAAUCGAGAAGAGACACCAAUUGAAGAUCCGUAUUUUAAGCAACAAGCCUAUCAAAAGGCUCAGAAGGCUCAAAGCCUAAUUCCAGCUUGUUCGCAAUGGACUAAUAGUAUUAAGCUUGACAUUGAUUAUGUGGUUGGACCAUUGUCAUUUUGGAUGCAACAAUUCUCUACAAAAUCUCCCGUUUCUGGCACUGGACCACAAUUACCAUAAAUAAAAUAUAAUAAAAUACUUGUAAUUUCAAUAUAUAUUCACUCUUGUCUGUAUCUUUUUUUUUUUGCUCCUAAACCCACAUGUUUCCUAUCUAUUUACUUCAUUUUAGUCAUGAAACCUUGUUAAACAAUUUGCUAUAUUUUAAGGUUUUCAUGUAGAUUUGUAGGUUUCCCACACCCAACAAGAAAUCUGAUUUUUAUUUUUUGGAAAAAAAAAUGUACAAUUAAAUUGAAUAAAGAAAGUUGAAGAA